AUGUCCACAAAGGCAAAAGUUACUACUUCUUCCUCGGAUUUGAAUAUUCAAUUUUAUCAAGGUAAAAUCGAAAAAGCAAUCCAGACAACAAAUGAAGAACUCGAUAAGUGGAAGAAAUUCGAAACGGACCAUUUACAGUUGAAAAGCACAUUGGCCGAGUUAGCAGAAAAACGAGAGUAUAAUAUUAUGCUGGCGUUCAUGCCUGGGAAAUUAAUCCACACCAACGAGGUACUGGCAUUACUUGGUGAUAACUGGUUCACUGAAUGUUCUACCAAACAUGCAGUUGAAAUUGUGAAUAGGAGGUGUGAAUUUGUGAAUCAAAAUAUUAAAAAUCUCGAGACACAAUUGAACGAUCUUAUUAGUCGAUUCAAUAUGACAAGUAAUAUCUUGGAAACUAAUCCUAAUGUGCUUAAUGAAGAAGGGCUACCAUUUGUGGAUAUUGUUGAGCAUGAAGAGGGAGAGGAGGAUGAAGAAUCGAUUACAAAAACACAACAAAAACCUCGGAAAAAAUCAGUUGAUGUAGACCAUUAUAUUAAGAAUAAUAAACUUAAAGAGGUUGUCGAUUGGGAUGCUCUUGAAAAAGAAGAGAGAGAGCAAGAGAGAAAAGAAGAUGAGGAAAAAGCACAGAUUAGCUCUCGUGCAAAAGUUCGUGUUAUUAAUCAAGUCGCGGACUCUGAUGAUGAACUCGAUGAAGAUCAUCAAGAGGAUGAAGAGGAGGAGAAUGAAGAUGAAGAGGGAUUAGAUAAGGAAUUGGAUGCAUUGUUUGAAGAUACAACUUUAUAUAAUACAACCCCUAUAUCUAGUAGUAUUAAAGAGUCAUCAAUAUCACCAACAAUCCUAACACAAUCAUCACAAAUUCAUCCUGUGCAUUCCACAUUAUUAUCAGAUAAUCAAACACCAAAAGAACAAUCGAUCUUUAAAAGAUCAUUAACAGAGAAAAAAAAUCAAACUAUUACAAAAACAUCGUCAUCAGCAAUAACUCCUUUUACUGGAUUACGCGCUCGUGAUGGAAUUGAUAACAAGAAUUCUCGAAUCAGAGAGAACAGUAAUAGAGGUCCAGUAAAGAGUGUGGUUGUUGAAAAGGAACCGACUCAAGAAGAAAGAAAUGAUUUGUUGGAAGACACUGAAGAUGAACUGUUAAUGAAAGAGGUUACCAUAAAUUACUAUGAUAGCAAAAGAAAGUUUCGUGAUUCAUUAACAACAGAAGAUCAAUUUAAGUUAUCGAGUGAUUCAUUAUUGUCGUCGUUGUCAUCACGUCAAGAAACACCGGUUUCUCCCCAAAAACCUUCGCCUUCACCUUCUGAUGCUGCACUUUUACAAGGAAAAUUAUCAGAUAAAUAA